UUUGAUGUGUGACUCUUUAGAACUCAAGAUGGCGACGAACGGCUUCACAUGGAUCGACUAUACCAUAUUCGUGAUCGUCAUCGCGAUAAGCUGCAUUGUAGGUUUAUACCACGGAUUGUUCUCAAGACAGAAAACAAUCGACGACUAUCUCUUCGGUGGAAAAAACAUGAAAUGGUUAGCGGUAAGUGUAAGUUUAACGGCAAGGUACCUUAAGAUGGAGGUCGACAAUAUUCUACCUUCAAAUUUUAGUGCACUGUCGAGCCAUUCUGUCGUAGGAUUAGCGACCGAAGUGUAUCUCCAUGGAAGUCAAGUUAUAUUAAUGACCAUUUCGAUAGCACUCGCGAGUUUAGCUAACUAUUUCUUGUACGUGCCUGUCUUUAGCAACUUGAACAUGACCAGCAUCUUCGAGUACUUGGAAAUGAGGUUUAAUGGUUUUUUGAGAAAGCUGCUGAUGCUGAUCACAGUAGCAACGUAUGCGUGCAUACUUCCUAUGUGCAUGUACACUCCUUCACUUACAUUCAGCCAAGCGACGGGCGUUAACCUGUAUCUAAUUGCCUCGGUAAUGACAUGUGUAUGUGUGUUCUAUACCAGCCUUGGCGGAAUUAAAGGGGUCACCUGGAGUGAUGUGGUGCAGUUAUCCAUUACCAUUACUCUUGUAAUUGCGCUAAUAGUAAUGGGAAUUGUAUCAACCGGAAGCGUUAGCGAAGUUAUCCAUCGUGCAAGCGAUGGUGACAGGCUAAACAUCUUUGAUUUCAACCCUAACCCGACUGUAAGAGUGAGCUUUUGGACCAUUUUACUGGGAUCCACAGUUACCUCAUGCGUAACUCUUUGCACGUCGCCUCACGAGGUUCAGAGAUACUUCACAAUACCAAAGCAAUUAAUACCUCGCCUAAUCGCCUCAUAUUCAACGAUUUAUACUUUAGCGAAAGUGUUGUGCAUGACGCUAGGGUUGGUUAUGUACGCAAAAUAUUUUGAUUGCGAUCCGAAGUCAAUUGGAGCAAUUAAAAAGGCGGACCAAAUCCUUCCUUACUUCAUAACCGAUCUAACAGCGUCCAUUCCGGGAUUUAAUGGUUUAUUUUUAGCGGCGUUCUUUGGAUCAUCUUUAAGCAUAUAUUCGACGUUACUAAAUACACUGUCUGGAAUAGUUUACAGCGACAUUGUUCCAUGGAUUAUUAGCGAAAAGCUUUUAAGAAGAGCCCCUAGCUUGAUUAUGAAGCUAUUUGUUGUAUUCUUUGGGUUGUUGUCAAUAGCUUUCAUAUGUUUACUGGAAAAUGGCGGUACGGUCUUCGAGCUAAACUACUACGUUAGGGGAGCUACCGGUGGGACCAUGUUCGGGGUAUUUACUUUGGGGGUACUGCUUCCUUUUGCCAAUUCUCAGGGUGCGUCUCUUGGCGCAAUCGCAUCGGUUUUAUUGAUGGGGGUGAUAGUGGUAAACAACAGCAUCUACGUCCGAAACGGAUUCAUUCACCAUAGCCCAAAAUCGUUGCAUACAUACGGAUGUAACACCACCACCUUCAGCAAUUUCACUUUGAAUGUUACGGCAACACCUCAACCGUCUUCACCAGAAGCUUCGUUUUGGUUGUUCCGAGUUUCGUUUCAGUACUUUGAGUUCAUGGGAGCAAUGACCACGAUAGUAGUCGGAGCUGCGGUCAGUUGGGCAACUAAAACGAAAGAUAACCAAGCGAUUCAUCCAAAACUUCUCACGCCCAUUGUACGCAAAUACUGUAGACCAGUAGAAGAGGCACAGGAUCAUGAAAUUGGACCCAUUAAUGAAACUGUUAAACACGGAUGAGGAUGUGACACAAGAUUUAAAUUCCGCUGCAAACUGUCUUGUUUUCAA